AUGACCGUCGUGUUCACCGUGCAUUCCUCGCCUACAUCAAGAUGCAGGUACUACUACCUUGUCACCUAUGGCGGCCGCUCUAUAAUAUUUAACAAACCCCCAAUAUGGACUAUGAAUUCCGUCGCGAUUACCGGGCCCUUUUUAAAGCCUCUAGCCAUCACUUUAUGUCAGCUGUUCUUCGCUCGUCGUGUGUACAUAAUCGCCCCUCGCUUCAGAAUAGUAGUCUACGUCGUGGAUUUUGCGGAUGCUUUCUCGGGCUUUCAGCGCAUGCGUAAGAGCGUCUUUCCACCGAGUGCCAAUGUUGCUUCGGUCACUAACAUAGAACGGCGCAUGUGCAGUUUCAGAGCUCCGGACUUCUUCGCCAAAUCGCUUCCGCUCUCCGGAUACGUCGCGGCAGGGGUCGUGUGCAUCAUGGGAGCAGACAUACAGCUUACUGCCGUGCUCAUCUACGUUUUGCGGAAGAACCGCACUGGCCUGCGACGAACGGAUUCUAUCGUCGACAUACUUGUUUUAUACGCCAUCAGUACAGGGCUGUUGAACUGCCUCGUGAACGUACUCGAUAUGGCCUUCGUGCUCGCUGACUCCCACUACGUUCUCCGUGAUGUGAACUAUCCGUGA